AUGGAAUCCUUCUCCUUCAAGUUAAGAGUGAAUCCAAUCUCUAAACCCAUCUCACCAAACACUCCUUCUUUGAAUAGUUACUUCACCAUUCGUUUUCGUUAUAACCACUUGACUAUUUCUUCUACAUCCAAUAAUCCAAAAAACCCUAUCUUUAAUUACACAACACCUAUCAACGACAACUUCUCGAUUCCUCGUGAAGUCUUAUGCAAUUAUAGUAGACACACAAUCAUGGAUUCCAUUGAUAACACUCGCUUUUUGAUCGACACCUUUCAUGAUGUGCCUUAUUAUGUAUUACCUGAAGUUCUACAUCAAAUGGGAGAUUGGGCUAGAAAUAUGGUUGCACCCAACACUGAAGGAUGUGGAAUGUUGCAUAUGAAUGUAUUGCUUCAGAUUGUUACUAGAGUCGAUAUGGGGUUUUCACCGAGAUUGGAUGUUGAAACUACUACCUCAAAGUCUACGGAUCAAUGUUCAAUUUGUUUGGAAGAAUUUUGCAACGGAUUCCGUAAAGAAUGUCUUAUCAAGUAG